AUGUCGCAAAUCAACUACCGCACCAUCAACAUCGACCAGCUCGACCCCGAGUCGUCGGCCAACUUUCCUAUGGAAACCCUCCUUCCUGCCACCCUCCCUCAACCUGAAACCUCCACUGAUGCCGCAAACGUCGCAACCCAGGUGCGCCAGCUGCUGCGCGGCGGUGAUACCGAGGGUGCUCUCCGCCACGUUCUAGACACUGCGCCGCUGGGCGGCGACGACCGCGCCAAGGAGGUACACCUCGCAACUGUGAUUGAGGUGCUGCAGGGUAUUCGACAGGCUGAGAUGACUCGCGUGCUGGAGGGUGUCUGUGGUUCUGAUGGUGGGGCUGAACGGGCGGAUUGUUUGAUGAAGUACCUGUACAAGGGUAUGUCUGCGCCUGCUCCUAGCAAUGGUGCUCAACCCCCACGAAAGACCGUUUCGCCGCAGGAGACCGGAUUCUCCCAGGUUCAGGCCCGAAAUGUUGGAGAGGGCGGUGGUGGUCAGCAGAUGAGCGUUUUGCUCAACUGGCAUGAGAAGUUGGUGGAAUUGACAGGGACUGGUUCAAUUGUCCGAGUUAUGACGGACCGCCGGACGGUUUGA